AAGCUUGUACUUGUGUAUAUAUUUUUUUUCCUCCCCAGGAAACCAUAUUCCUCAGUUCAGCCUUGAUUCUCCAGUUUGUUUUCAGCGAAGGUAGAAGAAAGCUCAGGUGUGUUAGUGAGGUAGAGGAAAGCUCAGGUGUGUUAGUGAAGCAGAGGAAAGCUCAGGUGUGUUAGUGAGGUAGAGGAAAGCUCAGGUGUGUUAGUGAGGUAGAUGAAAGCUCAGGUGUGUUAGUGAGGUAGAUGAAAGCUCAAGUGUGUUAGUGAGGUAGAUGAAAGCUCAAGUGUGUUAGUGAGGUAGAAGAAAGCUCAGGCGUGUUAGUGAGGUAGAUGAAAGCUCAGGUGUGUUAGUGAGGUAGAUGAAAGCUCAGGCGUGUUAGUGAGGCAGAUGAAAGCUUAGGCAUUUUGUAAGCAGAGAUUUGAGAGAUAGUUUGUCUGUGCGUCUGUGUGUGCGCUUGUGCGUAUAGCAGACAGGAUGCUGAGCUCUCACUCACUCCUGGAGCAGGAGCUCUCUUGCCCGGUGUGUGCGGACAUCUUCCAGGACCCCGUGGUGCUGAAAUGCAGCCACAGCUUCUGCAGGACGUGCCUCGCCCAGCACUGGCUCUGCAGCGAGCUGCGGGACUGCCCCGUCUGCAGGAGGGCGUCCGCGGAGGAGCCCGUGCUCAACCUGACCCUCCGGAACACCUGCCAGUCGUACCUGAGGGAGCGGGCGAGGAAGGGGGCGGGCCGCUCCUGCCCCAGCCACGGGGAGAGCCUCAAGCUCUUCUGCCUGCAGGACCGCCAGCUCAUCUGCGUGGACUGCCUGACCCAGCAGCACCGCAACCACAGCUUCUGCCCCCUGGAGGCCGUGCUGCCCCACUGCAAGGCAGAGCUCCUGGUGCUCCAGACGGUGCUGAAGGAGAAACUGGCCGCCUUCAAGGACGCGAAACUGAGCUACGUCCAAACGGCCCAGUACAUAAAGAUACAGACCCAGCACACGGAAAGACAGAUCCGGGAGCAGUUCGAGAAACUCCACGAGUUUCUGCGAGAGGAAGAGGAGGCCAGGAUUGCUGCACUGAGGGAGGAGGAGGAGCAGAAGAGUCAGGCGAUGAAGGAGAAGUUAGAGAAGAUAAAAAGAGAGAUAUCUUCCCUCUCUACUUUGGUGAAAGCCACAGAAAGGGAGCUGAACGCUGAGGACAUCUCUUUACUGGACAACUACAGUGACACAGUAAAAAGGGUCUCCAGCACGCCACGGGAACCAGAGGAGGCCGCGGGGGCGUUGGUCGACGUGGCCGAGCACCUGGGCAAUCUCAAGUUCCGAGUUUGGGAGAAGAUGCUGAGGAUUGUCCAGUACACUCCGGUGACCCUUGACCCCAACACCGCCGCACCCUGGCAGAUCCUGUCGGAGGACCUGACCAGCGUGCGCUACAGGAAGUCCCAGCAGCUGCCCGGCAACCCCGAGCGCUUCUCCAACUACGAGGUGGUCCUGGGGUCCCGCGGCCUCCGCUCGGGCGUCCACGCCUGGGAGGUGGAGGUGGGCGAGAACACCGACUGGGCGCUGGGCGUGGCCGCCGCGUCCGUGGAGCGCAGGGCCGACAUCGGGCCGCGCCCCGAGGAGGGCCUGUGGAGCAUCGGCCUGUUCCUGGGCCGGUACGCCGCCUACACCAGCCCCGUCACCCCCAUCCCGGUCCGGGGCGGGCUCCGGAGGGUGAGGGUGGAGCUGGACUGGGACGGGGGUCGGGUGGCCUUCUCGGACGCGGCCGACGGCGCCGCCCUCUACGCCUUCUCGCAGCGCUUCACCGAGCCGGUGUACCCCUACUUCCUGACGGCGUGCCGGCGGCACGGCCUGCGGGUCCUCCCCGCCCAGGUGUCCGUCCAGGUGCAGCCGCGCAGGAAUACUCUGAAACACACACGUAUGUCACAUGACCACUUAAAGACAAGGGGUGCUGGGCGUGGGAGUUGGGGGUGCUUGGAGUGUUUGGAGUGUUUGGGUGACAGAAUGGAGGCCGGCUCUCGCUCAUCCUCAUGCUCGCCGCGUCCUUCUGGAGGGUGCGGCGGGGAAGAUUUCGGGGUCCCCCGCGGGGAAGAGGAGGGGUCCCGGAGAUGCCUGGGCUGCGGCGAGCCCAUCUGGGGGGCGCUGCCCGUCUGCUGGGCCUGUCGGACCUCGUCGGGGUACCAGUCCGACGGCGGCUCCCCACAGCACAGUAAGGAGGAGUUAAAGGUGACUGUGAGGCCACUGAAGAAGUGGUUAGACUCUGCUAACGAAGUCAAACGAAUCUGCAAUCAAUCGACCAAGCAUAACACGCACGAGGCCCGACAGGCGGAGAGGAAGAUAAAAGACGAGUUUGAGAAGCUCCAUCGCUUUCUGCGGGAGGAAGAGGAGGCCAGGAUCGCCGCGAUGAGGGAGGAAGAGAAGCAGAAGAGUCGCAUGAUGAAGGAGAAGAUAGAGAAAAUGAAAGGAGAGAUGUCCUCUCUUUCAGACACGGUGACGGCCAUGGAGCAGCAACUGAAAUUACGCAACCUCUCAUUUCUGCAGAAUUACAAGACAACAAUGACCAGGGUCUGGGCGGCACCUCAGAUCCCUGGGAAAGAUCCGGGGGCACUGAUCGACGUGUGCAAACACCUGAGCAACCUCAAGUACAGAGUCUGGAAGAAGAUGCUGGGGACCGUUCAGUACAGUCCCGUGAUCCUGGACCCGAAUUCGGCCGACCCCUUUCUGCGGCUCUCCGAGGACCUGACCAGCGUGCGGGACGGGAACGUGGACCAGCAGCUCCCGGACACCCCGGAGAGGUUCAACAGCUGCGCCGAAAUGCUGGGGUCCCGGGGGUACCGCUCAGGGACGCACCUGUGGGACGUGGAGGUGGGGGGCAACGCCAGCUGGAUCGUCGGCGUGGCCGGCAAAUCCGCGCAGAGGAAAGCGCUGAUCUCCGCCUGCCCCGAGAACAGGAUCUGGGGCGUCUGCCUGCGGGACGGCGAAUACAUGGCGCUGGAGUCCCCGUCUGUGCCCCUCCCGGUUCGGGGAAAGCUCCUGAGGGUUCGGGUGGAGCUGGACUGGGACGGGGGCAAAAUCACGUUCUCCGACACCACUGACACUGACGGCACCCCCCUAUACACCUUCACGCACCCCUUUUCGGAGAGGGUGUACCCCUACUUCAGCACGUCCUGCCAGUUCCACCCCCUGAGAAUCGUACCCGCGAAGGUGCUUAUAAGUGUGGACCAAUCAAAACAGUGUGUGUAAAAAGUUCAGGGUUUUCAUUUUUUGCGGGGGCUGGUUACAUUUCAGUUCGCAGAUCUUUCCUUGAUAAUGUACAAUUUACAGCUGAUGCAUGCUUUGAGCCAAAGUGACUUAGAGAAGGUGCAUUUAACAUGACUAUAAAAGCACCUGUAGUGCUAAUACAAAAAAGCUACAAUCAAAUUAAUGGCAUCAAAUUUCAUAUUAAAAUAAAUAAAGGCUGUUCAGAUCA